AUGUCAAAUGCGCCGCAGACAGCUAUCUUCGAAGCGAUUAUCUGCCGGGAUUACCAGGCCAGUCUCCGUCGGACCGGGGCCGGAAAUGCGAUCUUGGACUCAGGCAUUUCAAACGCUCUGCUGGACUCAAAUCUUUGCAAAUCUGAGAUUGUGCAGGGAGAGUUAGCUAUUGUGAUAGGGUACAAAGAUACCUUCGAUGUCAUCCCUGGUCUCCUGCUUUCGCUUCCAUAUGGGAUCCUUUCAGAUCGCUGGGGACGGAAGCCAGUCCUGUGCUUUUGCCUACUAGGUAUUAUCCUGGGCGAACUCUGGGUGAGAAUAGUCUGCAUAUGGUCAAGUCACAUUCCUCUGCGGAUGAUCUGGUUAUCAUCACUUUUUAAGGUCAUCGGCGGCGGUGAUCCAGUGAUCGCUGCUAUUGUUUGUGUCAUAGUAGCCGACGUCUUCUCUGAAGAUGAAAGAUCAACUACCCUCUUUCGUCUGAAUUCUGCUGUCAUCCUGGCAGAAAUUCUGGCUACGCCGAUCAGUGCUUAUUUGAUGACCUUCAGCCCAAUGCUUCCUAAUCUCCUAGGAGUAGGUCUUAUAAUUCUAGGAACCAUCCCGGUCGUGUUUCUCCCCGAGACACUUAAAGAUGCAAAAGCGAAGCGUUCAAUCCCAGCAGGCACAGAACAUGCCACCGAAAAUGAGCGACUAGAGCAGCAACGGGUCAAGAAAGAAGUGCUUCAAGAAUUUACUCGACAGAUUCGUGAAUUUAUCGAGUCGACCCGGUUCAUUUGGUCAGAUUCAAACGUGUGUAUUAUGGUUAUCGUGGCUUUUGUCACGGUUAUAGGCCGUCAAUCCACAAACCUACUUUUGCAGUAUGUGUCAAAGAAAUUCGACUGGAGCAUUGCUCGCUCGAGUCUUUUAAUCUCGCUGCGAGGGAUAUUCUCUCUUUUGACCUACUCAAUCUUAAUGCCAGGCCUAUCCGGCCUUGCUAUCAGAUACCUGAAUCUCCAUGGGAAAUAUAGAGACCAUGUAAUGAGCAAGUGGAGCGGUAUCCUGUCAAUCAUCGGUUUCGCGGCAAUCUUCCUCGCCCCGACACCAGCCAUCUUAGUUGGUGGCCAGAUUAUCCUGUCAAUUGGGUCAUCAUUCCUGGUAACUACUCGCAGUCUGGCCACGGCACUUGUACUACCAGACCAUGUCGGCACUUUGUAUUCUGUCAUUGCCAUCGCACAGUCGGUCGGUGUGCUUGUCGCAGGUCCACUGUUCGCCAAUCUCUUUCGACUGGGCAUGCAUCUCGGAAAUGCCUGGAUGGGACUUCCAUUUUUACAGGCAUCACUCUUCUUCGUCGUGGCCGUCGCUGCCAUCCGUCGAAUUCGGCUUGGACCGCCGGCUCGGGGAAAUAAUGACGAGGAGCAGGAACCUCAUUUAUCGGCCUAG